UUGAGAGCAGCAGGUACUUAUUUUUCGAUGCCGGUAUAUCGUGCCUUGUGAUGCACAUACAGUAUGUGGUUAUGUAAACACGAAGCAGACCUAAUGUAGUACCCAAACAACGCAGGUGUAAGCUGGAAUUUUCCGUGCGGCACCUGCGACGAACAGGCCGAGCCACCGCGAAAGGAAUAUUUGUACGCCGGACAUCCUUGGCCUAUCCAUCACAACGUCACCGGAUGAAGAAUUACAGAGCGUGCGCCGCGAUCUUUGCGCAGUCGUGAACGCAGUUAUCCAAACACCGCAAGGUCAUGGAAGAAUUUAUCCGGAGAACAUCCAAUCAGCAGAUAACAUAACGCUCGGCCUAGUUGCUGACCUGCAAAAGUUAUGGAUGAAGUGGAUCAAAGAGGGUUCUUUUAAUGUUGCAUAUAUUCCCCCGGAAGCUUUUGCAGAAACUGCGAUACCAAAUUCCAUGGGAAAUACCAGCAAAGCCGAUUCCUGGGCGCUCGGAUGUUUGACCAUUUGGUUCGUAAACAUCGAUCAGCCGCUGAAGCUCGUGCGGCACAAGCGCUUUGCUUCGGGAGUCGAGGUGUUUAAAAUGGAGCAGCCGCUGCUUCCAAAACUACAGGCACUCUAUGCGGGGGCGGGGCAACAGAAAAACCUUGUGAUAGGUCCGAAGAUCGAACUAAUCAGACCGGUACCGUGUGCCUGCGACGACUUCUUAGGUCACUGCUCGGAGUUGGAUCCGGCUAAGCGGUGGAGUUUAGAGCAGCUGCGUCUUCAUCCUUUUUUGGAUUUGAGUAAAUCCGUAGAUGACCUUUUUGCAAUGGAUGCGAUUUAUUAUCAGCAAACGUUGCCAUUUAAAGAGAUGUUCACGGUGACAAAAGUGCAAAAGCAUCCGUAUCUAAGGAGCGAGGAUAUGUUGCUGACGCAUCAAAUAGGCGAACUCGUGUACAGGAAUCCCGGUAACCGUCCACCGCAGGUGGUUGAUAUCAUGCGCUUUGGGAUAUACGCCACCGGAGAACAAACGCUGUCGAAGCAGCGUGAUUUGUGGACAAAAGCUUUUGGAAAAAUGGGUGAAGCGUUGGCUAUGGAAGCCAGUACGGACGUUAAAACGAAAGAAUGGGCUAAUGUCUACAGGAUGCGGGCAUUACAACAGGAUGCGGGCGUUGCUACAGAUGGAAAUAAGAACAUUGUGCAACAUUUUGGCUGUCAGUUUGUCGAGCACCCUGAUUCUGCUUUGCCAAUGGAAAUACAGGUUUUUUCGGAGCACUGUGCAGGAGGUUCGUUCAAAGAUGCGGCUGAAUACCGACUCCCUAUGGACAUCAUUGUUAAGUGGACUCGGGAGGCACUGCAAGGCCUUAAGUACCUCCAUGGACACCGCAUUGUCCACCGCAACAUCAACAGCAGCGUUAUCCUCUUCAGUGAAUCCAGUUUCAAGGGAACCAUCAAAAUCGGAGGUUUCCAGUAUAUGCGACAGUUAGAAACGGACCGCACUGAGCAGCAUGCAGUCAGUGCUCGGCAAGGACACGAUGGACGGUUUGCAGCUCCUGAAGUCGUGAAUUCCUACGCGGAAGAUGUCAACGUGGGAAGAAAAUGUGAUAUUUGGGGUCUUGGAUGUGUUUUCUGCAUUUGUUAAGCGGUGCGCCACCAUUGUACACUGGGUUAAAAGAUAAGCCGAUGAUGCUGGAAAUGGCGAUUCUCUAUAACCUCAACAGCGCCAACAGAAAGCUGCCUCAAUUUUAUGACUGGAUACCGACUAAAGCCCAGGAAUUCAUUGAGGCCUGUUUUAAGUUUGAUCCGCGGGAACGAGCAACUGCCGCUGAGCUUCUUCAGAAAAUGGCAACGGAAAAAUGGGAGAUGACUGAGUCGGAAGGUGCGCAUUAUCUCGCAAGUCGCAAAGGUGAAGAACUACCUAGUGGUGUGGCGGACUACUGGAGAAACUACGUCUAAUAUUUAUGUGUUCAUUGCUCACGUCUUUUGCACAAUGUCCGAAAGUACUUAAAUUGUCUUAUUACUGCCAUCUUUCAUCAUCUUGGUGAUUACUGUUGCAUUUUCCAGUUUACUUUAUCACGUCGCGUUUACGAUUGGUAGCUGUCUGUGUCCAAGUGCAACGUUCGUGGCGGAAGUAAUGUUUUGUAAUACGCAAAAAAAUCUGCAAUGUACGCGCUGUGUUAUUGUUCAGAAGUGCUAAAUUG